AUGGAACAAACGGAAAAACAAUGGCCACAUAAACACUUUCGUUUUUUUUUUGAUAUUGAAACAACGGGAUUUCCAAAUAAAACAAAUCCACCGAAAAUAACCGAAAUAACAUUUAUUGCUUGUUCGAAAGAUGAUUUACUUAAAACGCCAAAAGGUUCAGUGCCCCGAGUUUUACAUAAACUCUCGCCUAUUAUGAAACCUAUUAAAGGGAUUGUAACCAAUCUCACAGGUUUGAGUAACGAACUGCUUGACCAUGUUAAGCCAAUGGACAACAACACAAUCACACUCUUCGGCAGUUAUUUUAAUCGAUUAAAUAAGCCCAUUUGUUUGGUGGCACAUAAUGGAUACUAUUUUGACUAUCCCAUCUUGAAAGCUCAUCUACGUGACUUGUACAUAAUUCUGUUGCGUGAGGUGGUGAAAUUCAUUUCAAGCAGUGAUAGCCAUUUUGAAUUGGUUCCAUUGUUUAGAGAAGAGAAACAAUAA